CUACUUCUAUCAAUUAAUCAACAACUACUUUAAUGAAGAAUAUCAAGCGAUUGGACCCAAAUCUAAACUAUCACUGAAGCUAAACAACCCUAAUCACUUAGAGCUUAUCAAACUACUAAACAAGAGGAUGCCGGAUGUUGACAGUCUCAAUCUCCGAUAUAUUCCUUAUGAAUGCGAGGAAGCCAAGACUUUUUUGAAGAAAUCUUUCCCUCGUCAAGUAAAAUGCUUCGACUUCAACUCAUUAUCUGAGCUUAACAAUCCAUUGGAUUUUUACUUAGAUGAACUAGUACAAGUGAGCCAGAGAGUGACUAACAAGGUUGUGAUUAAUAGGUUUAACAUCAGUCAGGAUAACCUAGUCACUCUGUUCAAUGCUAAUGUAGACAAGAAGUUGUUUGGAUUUUAUAAUUGAAAGCUAGAGCUUUCUUCAGUCCCUUCUUUCUCAGGGAAGCUUAAGGGUAGUUCGAUAGAAUGCUUAGACUUGUAUGGAUGUGGCCACACAGCCUAUGGAGAUUGGGAUCUCAAUGAGUCUUACUUUGGCAAUCUGAUGAGAGGUCUAGCUCAAGAGGAAGACUUUGUUAAAAGCUUGAAGAAAAUCAAGCUUGAGAAUUGAGGAAUGAAUAAAUCUGAGAUAAAAUCUGUCCUCAAAGAAUGUGGGUUUGAUCUUGUACAACUAGUUUCUUGAUAA